UUUUCACUUGGAAGCUUUUCGAAAGAGCAGUAUUUCUGGAUGCGGUGUUGGGUUUUGAGCUAUUGGAAGGAAGCUUUUAUGCUAAGGGCUUWCAUAGCUACGGAAUUUUGGGGUUAAAUUUUGAAUUUAACKUGGCAACGAAGAAACGUUUUGCGUGAGAAAAUUGUCUUCUAAGAUGUCCUAAGCUUUUAUUUAGAAUAAAUUCAUGCUGGAUUUAUUUGUUUAAAAGCGGGGGCAUGAUAUCAUCCUUGGAUACCACAGAAUAUGCAGGAUGUGUCUCCGUCAACGCAUUAGCAUGAAUUCCGCCAUUAAUAAUUAAUACUUCGAGAUCUUUCUCCCGUAGUUUCCAUGAAGUUGUAUCAUUCUGUGGUUGAUCAAGACAAACAAAGUUUCUAAACAAAAGUAUGACCUUUUGAUUCAAGUUGAAGAAUGGCCGAAGAGGCAGAGAAAGUUCUUUCCGCCGCUCGAGAUGGAGAUAUCAAGGCGCUACAGUCUUUUAGGCGAUCUGUUCCCUUCGCGACGGAUAGUUUUGGCGCAACAGCCCUUCACCAUGCAACUCGACAUGGCAAACUUGAAUGCGUUCGAUGGAUGGUCGAGAAAGUCGGAAUGAAGGCAAARGUUAAGGCAAAUAAUGGSGCUAYACCGCUUCACGAUGCSUGUACACAAGGCAAGCUUUUGUGCGUCAAGUUYUUCGUACAAGAAUGCCARUUGAAUCCYGAUGUUWSYGAUAACUCGGGGCACACACCACUUCAUUUAGCGGCUCGUUUUGGUUAUGUAGACAUUGUAAAAUGGAUGAUUAACAAAGCUAAGUCCAACCCGAGAUUGAAGACGAUGAACCGAAUGAAUACAGUUCACUUCGCUGCAGCGGGUGGUCACCUGAGUUGCUUGGAGUUUCUUAUCUCCAGCGGGAACACGAUACUCUUAGACGAGAGAGCUACAGAUGGCACAACGCCAAUCUUCAUCGCGUCACAGAAUGGACACUUCCCAUGCCUUAAGUACUUGCACACAGUUGGAGMAAAGUGUGAGUUAAGAAGUCGAGACGGAAUGCAUUUGAUUCAUGCCGCUGCACAGAAUGGGCAUUUAGAUUGCAUAGGAUACUUGGUUGYUAAUGGUCUUGCUAGUGAAACGGAGGGAGACAGUACUGGAGCAACACCAGCGCACUAUGCUUCAGGAGAAGGGCAUGUUAAUGUACUAAAGUGGCUGAGCAAACGUUGUGAUCUUAACAUUAAAGAUCARCUAGGAGGAACGCCUUUGCACGAUGCUUCUGAAAAAGGACAAUUGUCGGCCAUCCAGUUUCUUGUAGAGAAUGGUAACUUGAACGCAAAGCUGAAGGACAACAGUGGCCUGACUCCUAUUGAUUUAGCGGAAAAGUAUGGCCACAAGAGAUGUCUUGAUUAUCUUAGAGAAGCGUCUUUAAAGGCCAACCAAGUCCGAGCAGCRAAGUUGAUGUCUUAUACUMACACGUUUGACAAACAAUCAGUCGAGGACAAAUCCGGCUCUUCUUUCCUCCAUGUACUUAAAAAGAAACCAAGACAGAUGGAUCGACCUUCUUCCCCAAAAUCUGCCAAGGCGCCCGAUGUUCCACCACUGGAUUUAAGUCCCGAACCUUCUCCGAGGAACACCCCGAUUCCAUGCAUGAUAGAGUUYGGAAAAGCUUCGGAAUGGCAAAAAAUGGCCGUUGAAGAUGUAGCGAAGGAGUUUCCGCACACUGCCGAGGUCAAUCAUUCCGUUGAAGACCAAGUAAUCCAGAGAGAACACAUUUUGGUUUCCAACGGUGCGAAAUCAUUGGCUCCCUUAAACGAGGAAUUCUGGAAGAAUARAAAUAGAAACGCGACACCCACGCGAGACGUAGAUGCGUACACGCAAAACGCGGAGGAUGCGCGUCGUUUUGACCACCACCCAAGUGAGGAACUAACAUCUGAAUUGCUGGAAGCCGCAAAACUUCGUACUCAAAUUAUGARCGCGAGGAUGCAGAAUCCUACCCCAUCCCCCCUUCACAUGUUCGAUGAUAGAAGCGAGGAGACUGAGGCAAGGAUGGUCGAGGAAUUUUCAUCACAGAUCCAGGCCGCGCGUGCUAAGCGAUCGCCUCAUAGCACGUUGAAUAAGAGUGAUUACGAAGUCAUAAAAACUGUAGAAAUAGAAAAUGAAAACAUGGGAGAAAAUAAUGAGAAUAAUGAGAAACCCAUGGAACUUAGUGAUGCUAGCAAGUCCACGUUCGAAGAUCAAAUGUUGAAUCGUUCAGUAGAGUCGCCAGACCAGCCAGUUGCCAUGAACUCCUCUCCUUCAGCUCCAAAAACUCUAACGGAUAUUUUUGCCAACAGCACUCGAGAUCCAAGUCCGGAACCUGAGAAAGGCCCACCCGAAAACUCGCAGGUGAGUCACGAUACGUCAUCACCGCCGAAACUGGACGACACACCUGUAACAAGGGCUGCUGAACCAAAGGAGUCACCGAAGGCCCCUUCUCCACCACCUAAAGUAGACGAGGGUUUUCUUYCCAAGUCAAAUCAAGUGAAAUUACCUUCUCCACCGCCACCUCAUGAAGUAAAGGAUACCAGUCCUUCGCCUGCACCACCACAAAAGAAAGGGUCACCUAMACCACCACAGCAAGCUGAUAAACAGCCCAGUCCACAAGUGGAGCCACCUCGUGGAUAUCCACCUCAAAAGAACUCGAACUUAYAUUCAGCGACUCCCCUUGUGCAACCGUCAAAAGGCACAUCGAUGGCAGAUCCUCCAGAUAUGCCAGGGACAAGUMCCACUGAAGAAGAUGAACACAAAAUAGACGAAAAUGAGCAACACAUUGACGAGGAGAAUUACAUGACAACUGAUGAAGAGACAGAAAAAACGGCAAGUUUGCCACGACCAGAAAARAGUGCAGACGAUAAGGUCCCGCUACGUCAGAGACAACUGCAGCCGCUGCCUCAUAUGACCGGAAUGGAAACCACAAAGAAAAGUCAUCAAGAAGCAAUCGAUCAAGAAACAUGGGCAACAUUGCCAGAAUGGAAGCGUCAAGUACUGAGAAACCGUAUUAUGAAAGAGCAACAGACAGARUUACAUCUACGAAAGCAAGAGGAAGAGGAGAGGAAAAAAUACGCAGGCAUACCUGCCUGGAAAGUACCCAUCAUGCAACGCGAAGAAUCCGACAGGAAAAACCGGGAAGAGAAACUGGCACACCUUCCUGACUGGAAAAGACAACUGAUCCUCAGAAAGCGAGCAAAGAUAAUGAAUUAAUACGACCAGACAUUAACAUAGCGACCACUUCAUGAUAUAAUGAACAAUUGUGCCCGCUAUGUUGGGGUGGGGUCGUAGCUGUUAUUGUAUUGUAAAUAGUGGUCGGUAUGUUGAGUAUGGUCGGUUCGAAUUUCUCUCUAAAACUAUAUCUGUUAUGGCCGAUAUAGGGAGAAAGGUCGCUAUUAUGAGAUUUGAUUAGGUAUUUUAAAGCAUAAGCGAGGAGACUGGUGCUCUUUAUUCCCCACAAAGCAUUGUGGGUUACGCAUUUUCUAAAAGGCAAAUUUCUGCUCAUUCCACUCGCUUCGUUCACGGCACAAUGCUUACUGAUUCACGGUUUUCCAUGUUGCCUUUCUAUUAUACAUCAGAAUACAUUUCACUAUCAAUAAAUCACAAGUGCGAAUCAA